UAAGAGCCUCUCUAGCUGACAGCAUCCUCCUCUGUCACGGACGCGCACUCGGCUGCUCAACAUUUGAGAAUACAGGUUAGCUUUCUGCAUACACAUCCUCCUAAAGAUACAUCACAACGUCACAUAAUUACAUUUAUUGCCAUUAUUUCUGCACUGGACAUUGAUGCAUUUGCCUCAACGGUCGCCGUAGCGGUCCAUCCGAUCGUUAUUGCUCUUAUUUCCUUCCUUCCCGCAUCCAAAGACUGAUCUACGCUACAAGAUGGCUGAGUUGAAUUUGGGGAAGGGGCUGACCGCAGGGAAAGUGGCCAGCAACGUUCAGAAAAAACUGACGAGAGCCCAAGAAAAGGUUCUUCAGAAGCUUGGCAAAGCCGAUGAGACCAAAGAUGUUGCUUUUGAGGAGGAAGUGAUCAACUUCAACAAACAAUAUACUGAAGGCAGCAAACUGCAAAGGGACCUUAGGGCAUACCUGGAGGCAGUGAAAGCCAUGCACGAGUCCUCCAACAACGUGCAGGCAUGUUUGAAUGACAUGUAUGAACCGGAGUGGUACGGCAAGGACGAAGUGGAUUCCAUUGUGGAGGACUGUGAUGUGCUGUGGACUGACUACCACCAAAAGUUGGUCGAUAAUGCUCUCAUCUCCAUGGAUACUUACCUGGGCCAGUUCCCUGAUAUCAAGUCACGUAUAGCUAAGAGGGACAGGAAGCUGGUCGAUUACGACAGUGCCAGGCACAACUAUGCCACCACACACAAGACCAAGAAAAAGGACGGGGGCAUUAAAAUUACCAAGCCCUCCUCUUUGUUGGAGAGGGCCACUCCAGGCUGGGCUCAGGGUAUCUUGUCCGCACACAAUGUUGCCCAGAGCAGUCUGUCCAGAAACCAGGCUGAGGACGAGCUGGACAGAGCCCAGAAGGUGUUUGAGGAGAUUAAUAUUGACUUGCAAGAGGAAUUACCUUCACUCUGGAACAGUCGUGUUGGGUUUUAUGUCAGCACCUUCCAGAGUUUGGCUGGUUUUGAGGAGAAGUUUCACAAGGAAAUUGGCCGGUUGGAUCAGGAUUUGUAUGACAUCUUGGAGAAACUGGAGAGUGGAGACACGCAGCAAACAAGCAGUGUGAGUGUAAAAGAAGCAUCUAACCACACUCUGAGGCCAGGAGGACCACCGCCAAUCCCCAAAUCUCCAUCCAAGCUAAGGCCUGCAAUGCCUCCUCCAAUGAAGGUGACCCCAUGUAAGGAGAUGAAAACUGAGAACAUCAUCAGCCUGUUUGAUGCUGCAGCUACUCCUGAUAUCAACGUCACCUCCCCUUCAGAGUUUGACAGUCCUGCAGUGAGCAGCUUGUUGGACAUGGACCUGGACUCUUUCAGUGCAGCAACCAAAGCCUCCACGGUCACACAGCCUGCAAACUGGGACUCAUGGCAUGAGGACAGUGGUGCCCAGGAAGAGGACACCCAGCAGAACUAUGACCCUAUGAGUGCUGCUGCAGACGCCUGGGGUGAUGAUGGUUCACAGCCUAUCCGCUAUGACCCCAUAGCAGCUGCCACAGAAGGCUGGGGGGAUGAUGGAGCCCUACCGGUUCGCUAUGACCCUGUGGCUCCGGCUCAGGAGGGAGGGGGGGAUGAUGAGGUCCAGCAGGUUAAUUACGAUCCCGAGGCUGAAGCCCAGGAGGACUGGGGCGAUGAUGGGGGCCAGCCGGUCACAGAGGUGCCGGCCCCCGAGGUGCCGGCCCCCGAGGUGCCUGCCCCCGAGGUGCCUGCCCCUGAGGAUGAAACACCUGCAGCUGAAGCUCCAGCUGAAGUCGCCGAGGAAGACACCACACCAGCUGCUGCUACGUUGGAUGAUGAAGAGGGUCAGGGUGAGUCUGCAGCAGCUGCUGCAGCACCAGAGGCAGAAGCACCAACAGAGGAGACGCAUGAAGUAGCAACAGAAUCAACAGAGGUAGCAUCAGAGCCCAAAGAAAUGCCACCUGGCUUCUUGUUCAAGCUCCAGGUGAUGCAUGAUUAUGUUGCCAACGACACAGACGAACUGGAGAUGAAGACUGGUGAUGUGGUGCUGGUAAUCACCUUUGACAACCCUGACGAACAGGAUGAUGGCUGGCUGAUGGGAAUGAGGCAGGAUGACUGGCUGCAGAAUAAAGAAAAAGCCGCUAAAGGAGUAUUCCCAGAGAACUUCACACAGAGGCUGUGAAAGAGGUGGACAGGACGUCAUUCCAGCUCCCUUCUUCAUGUAUCUCUUCCUCUUGCCUCAAUCCUUCCUUCCCUCUCUUGCCCUGAUAUUGUAUCUUUACUAGGACUUUGGCCAUAGAAGCAGAGCUGUCACAGCCCUGGCUGAAAUCAUGCAUUUCUAAGAUCUGCUACACUGUGCUAAAAGUGGAUCUUGGCAUUUCUGUGGAUUUCUGGCAACAUUUACAAUUACAGAUGUAGCCAUUUCACAGGUCCCACUCUUUGUUGUCCUGCUUCUCCAUACUGAAGGAAUUGAUAGGAGGAUCCUGAUCAUACAGGAUAGAUGCAGGAACAGGUGCCUCUGCAAUGGCUACAUUUGCACCUGCAUUAUAAUGUUUUAUUCUUAGCCAUGUCUCCUCAUAAACUCUGCCAAGGCAUAUUUCACCAUCAUUACAAAGAAAAUCUGUUUGUUCAUCUAUUUAGUAAAGGCAGGCUGACAGGAAAGAGUCCUCGGUAUGUUUAGAAACAUUCACCAAGUAGACUAACACACUGAAAAAGUAAAACCAACUCCUAGUUGGCAACUUCCCCCCGGUCAAACUGAGAGGCGACCUUUGAACACAUGCGGUACAUCAGCACCUAAUCAGCCAGACAGCACAUAAACAGUGAGGAAUUUAAGUAAACAAAACAAAAUGAGCAAUCUCAUCAACAACUGGUCUUGAAGUUAGCCAGUCACUUGUGUUGCUGAGGCAGAUCGCCAUCUUCUCAUGUUCAAGUGGAUUUUUGAAACAAAUCUCUAUUUUUGUCAACAGUUUUGUUUUAGCCACAUGUGUAGCCAUCAAGUGUCGUUGUUUUCCUACGGCAUGCAGGUUUCCUCACCUGUGCCCGUUUGCUUAUUUGGUGGCUGGGUGGCUUGCUGGAGUGUGUCAGUAAAGCUCAAGCAGUUUUGGUGCCGGUAUUUGCUCGUCACCGAUCCACAAUCACUCGAAUUACUGACCCUAUGCCUGUUGGACUCAUCCAGACCAUCUUUGAUUUCUACUUUUAUUACCUACUUGUGAAACAUUGAAACAUGGGCCUCUAGAUGUUGUAUUGGUUUAGGUUCAAUAGUGGUAUAAUAGCAUGAACCUCUUGUUAAAAAUCCAAAUAAAUGCAUAAUGCAUUUAACUGGUCAUCUGACACCAACCAAGUUAAAGACAGCAGGAAUUCAAAAUAGAAAUGCUUUAAAAAUCCAAACAGAAAUAUUGAUGAGAGUCCUAUAGAGUAGAAAAACACUAGACUGUCUUCUUCUUCGACAGCCGGUUUUUUUUAUUCCUUGUUGUUCAAAUUUGUGUGAAGUUGUGUGGAGUGGGCAUGUAAACAAAUAUUUUUCAUGGGAUUCUUUUUUCUUUUCUUUUUUCACAAGGAAUUCAAAAUAUGCAUACUACAAUGAGACGCUGCUACUGGUAGUAUAAUAGUUAGGCAGAUAUGGUUACACCUUAAUGCUAAUCACAUAUAUAAUAACUGAGCCAGCCUCAUUCGUUUUUGAAAAUUGUGCCGAAAACAAUUCCUUCCGUUUGCAUAGAGACGACUUAACUCAAAUGCAGAUGAUUCAGAAUAUGCACCAGAGCAACUUCUUUUAUUUUUGUAUGCUGCCAAGCAAUGAUUACAUAUAGCCUAAUGUAACUAUGUCAACAUAAUUGCCAACUUCCUGUAGGAUGUUAUGGAGUGUUUUGUACUUCUGUCAGGUUCACUGCUCUCAACAUAGCCGCUUACUGUAGGUAAUUCAAACUAUCUCACAUUCAUUCAGUCACUGACUCAGAAGAUUGACAUUUCUCAUGAUGUUAUUAACAUGUAAUAAGAGUGUGUGAAAAUGGUUGUGUGCGAUUGUAUGUGUGCGUGUUUACGGGUUGUUGGGAAACAUACAUUCUUUAUCUAUAGGCAACUGUUAUUGGACGAUAUCACCACCACCUACCUGGGGAUGAGGUCGUUCGUUUUACAGGAAGUUUUUUUCUGACUGGACAAAGACAACUCAAACAUAUUUGGGUCUUUUUCCACUGGCUGGUAUUAUGGUUCCAGGUGUUAUUGUGCAUUUGUUGUGUAUACGUGUAAUUUUGCCAAGCUGUGAUGACAGAUACAUAUUCUAUAAAGACAUUCAUAUCUGUAUGUGAGUUACUGUGAGCAUGCUGACUUCCCAUGUGCUGUUGUGUGAACACCCUUAAUUUAAGACGAUGAUACUUGGGUCACUUUUGAGGCAGCUGAAAGAUUUUUUGAUUUAUUGUUAUUUAUUUGUUCAUCUUAAUAAGAGGUAUGGUGGGCAGUUAUAUAUAAAAUGUGUUUUUUCACCAUUCCCUCUCAAAUCUGUCCUGAUUAUGAUUGCUGGUUUUCCAUCAGCCUUGCCUCAAAAUGUUGCCGGGGUAUCGUGGUCCCAACAGGCCUAAACAUGAUUACAUGGAGACGGGACACAUAGAGAAAAGCUGCACACCACCAGACUCAGGUGGACAUUUUUAGAAUGGUUUUCAGUAUUUCAACCACUUGAGAUGUGCAUGAUUUAUUUAUAUAAAAAGCCUCCCAUGUGAGAACAUCACCUGCACAUUUUGGAAAACCAAUCACUGUUGUAUUCUUAUUUUUAAACAUGUGUAACUUGGCGAGUGUUUCACCUGAAGUCUGGUUUUGUGGGUAUUUGUCUAUUUGAAUGAUGAUGUCUCCUGUAAUGAGCUAUGGGAUACAACAAAAAGGUUUUUCCUGUACCUAACUGACCAAUAAUAUUAAAGAUUCUGUAGAAUCUCCUUUUGCUUAUUGA